GGGGGAGGCGGAAACUCAGUUUCGUCAUUUCCUGUCGCUUUACUUGAUGCCCUGAGCAACAUUUUCAGACGCUCCUUGUCAAGGUUUGUGAUAAAAAUAUCACAGAAAGAGGAACAUACAAUAAUCGGAACGCAAAGUUUAUGCACAGACUUUCCUUUCAACUCUGUCGUACUUAAUCCGUGGAGAUUAUAGUGGUCGGAUAUCCGAUAAUGUGGGAAAAGACUGCCGUUUAGCAAAACGGGUCUCGGAGAAUUAACGUUAGCACUAGCAUAGCAAGAGUUAGCAAGUUUCGUUAAUCUUUGCACAGAUGCUUUACUUUAAACUCUUUGAACAUUGCUUCAUUGAACAACCGUCUAUGUAAUCAAAGUGGAAACUAAUAUUUUAAUUUAAACAUGAAACUGAUGAUAUUUCGAACUAGCUAUAGCUUUUCAGUCUGGAGUGAGAUGCUAACGCUGCUGCUAGCUGUCAGCAAACAAAUGAGUCCUGUUUUUGCUUUAAAACAAAUGUUCGUCUCCAAUUCUAACCAAAUAAUAUGUCAUGUCUGUUUUGAAACUUGCAGGGGAAGGAAAGAUGUCAGGUGCAGGGGGAGGGAAACGUCCCUCGGGAGGGGAUAGCCCCCCUGGCCCACCUGAAAAGAAAAGCAAGAAAGAGGAGAAGACCACCACCACCCUGAUUGAGCCCAUCAGAAUAGCUGGAGUCUCAUCUACGGUGGGUCCUAUCUUUCCCUUGAGUCCUUAUUCUUGUUCUGUAUGUAAUAUACAUACCCACAAUCGCUGUUGUUCCUAAUGCCGGGGUCUCUUUGUGUUGUGCAGGAGGAGAUGGACAUGAAGGUCCUCCAGUUCAAGAAUAAGAAGCUCUGUGAGCGUCUGGAGCAGAGACAGGCCAUGGAGGAUGAGCUUCGGGAGAAAAUUGAGAAGCUUGAAAAGAGACAAGCUACUGAUGACACCACCUUACUUAUUGUGAACCGCUACUGGUCACAGGUACAUCUGCACUUCUGAUAUCUUGGAGACAUUUUACCAUUACACAUUACACCACCUUCAGCUAAAAACACAGACUAAACUGACCAUAUUAAAGGGAUAUUCCAGCAUAAAAUUCAUUUAGGGUCAAACACACCGUAACACCAAGUUAGACAACCUGUCGAGAGAUUUAUGUUGCCGACCGCUUGCUUCUCUAGUUAUACCAACUUUAGUAACAACCGCACAAUAGUAAUACACAGCAGUCUGAGGAGCCAUAAAAAAAUCUCAACCAAAAAGCCACUCUAUAGCCACAAAUAAUGCUCAGAACAACACCUACCUUCAUCAACAGUAAAUAUAGGGUCCCAGCCACAGCAGUAGCCACCAAACAUCUUUUUAACCUUGCCAAAUUUCUUUAGCAAAGAGACCAAACACAACUCACCUACUCUCUUCCAGCAGCAGCUUGUUUGUAUCAAGACCUUGGGCCAGUCCAUUACGGACUGCUGUGGGGUGACGCAGCUCAACGAACAACAGUAAUGAUCAUUUCUGUAUCAUUUUCUUGAAGUAGUAAUCACUAUAUUAAUCAUUUUGCACUGCAGACGCGGUAGUUCUUCCGCCUUAGCGUCCCGGUCUGAUUGCAUUUCCAUCAAGAAAUGAUCAUAAAUGUUCUUCCUUGAGCUGCAUCACCCUGCAGCAGUCCAUAACGGACUGGCCUGAGGUCUCACUACAAACAAGUGGCUGCUGGAAGAGAGUGGGUGAGAUGUGUUUGGAAUAGAGAAUAGAAUAGAAUAUUCCUUUAUUGAUCCCCCAUGGGGGAAAUUUUUUUGUCACAGCAGCAUCACAGACAAGACAAAAGUGCAAAAAUGCAGUUAUAACAAUAAGGGUCCUAAUAUUAAGAACUUAAAUAAAUGUAAUAAUUAAGAAAAAAAUUAGAAAAGGGAGAAGAAAAAAUAAGCUUUCUACAAUAUACACAAUUUAAAUGCCAAUAGUCUCUUUGCUAAAGAAAUCAGGCCAAGUUAAAAAGAUGUUUGAUGGCUAGUACUGUGGAUAGGACCCUAUAUGUACUGUUGAUGACGUUAGGUGUUGUUCUGAGCAUUAUUUGUGGCUCUAGAGUGACAUUUUGGUUAAGGUUUGUGUGUGACUCCUAGGGCUGCUGUGUAUUGCUAUCGUGCUGUCGUUACUAAAGUGGGUAUAACAAGAGAAGCAAGUGGUCAGCAACAUUCAUCUCUCGAGGGGAUGUCUAACUCGGUCUUACGGUGUGUUUAAACCUAAUUUAAUUUUAUGCCGGAAUAUCCCUUUAAAACCAUCUCACAUACACAAAUUAAUUCUUUGCCAAAUGUUAUGGUAGAGGGGAAAAUGGCUGAUGUGAGGACUUAGAAGAAAAAAUCUGUGUGGCCUGUAAACAUUUAAAAACUGUAGCGGUACACGCCAUAAUGAAAAAUACACAUUGCUGCGGGAGGAAUAUGUGGAUGCUUCAGCAACACAUUGACAUAUACAGAUUUUUUUCUCUGUAUUUGUAAUUCUCCUUCUGUGACAAACAAACACAUGUGCUCCCUGGCCUUUAUUCUAUUCUUGAUUUCUGUGUCCAAAACUUGAUAAUCCUCACUUUCCUCUCUGUUGUUGCCAUAAUUCACAACAAACAACUUAAGUCUGGCUCAUUUGUAUGCAUUUUCAAUCCUGAAAGAGGAUGGCACACACUUGUAGUAAGUAAAUAAGACCCCAUGUCUUUGUUGAUUUUUGUUAUCCCAUGUUGUUUGCAGUUGGAAGAAGAUGUGCACAUUCUACGCAAGCAAAUAGAGCCAGAAGCUCCGUCGUCAUCUACUCCUACCACACCAGCUGCACCUCUUCCUGACCCUUCUCCAAUGGAAGUAGACAGGGUCACUCUGGCUUCGCCAACUUCUGUGGUGCCUCCACCUCCACUCCCAGAGGCUCAGAAUGAGGGGGAGCAGGCAGAUCAGCAGGAGGAACGGCAAGAAGAGUGUCAGGAGGAGCAGCAGCAGCCCCCUCUGCCUACAGGCUCAGAAGAUUUGAUAACACCCACAGAGCCGCCACAGGACUCAACAACAGGUAAGCAGUUGUUUCAUGGAUCUUUGAAAGGUCUUGCUGACUAGACUGGACUGCUUUAUUCUUUCUACAUAUUUUACAGUUCAGCCUGAGUUUAUUUGAUUUAAUAGUUUAUGGAAGAAAUAGUUUUUAAAGUGAUAACAAGCACUGUGAGAUUCAGUUUGAGGCUUCCGUAGCUUGUGAAUAUUCUAAAGCAUAACAAAUAACGUUAAAUAGUUUGCAAAAUUCUCAUUCUCUGCUUUCCUAAACUGUCACAUAAUGGAUGUAAUAAUUCACAAAUAUCAAUAAAAAUGUGAAAUUAACUGAGUACACUCAGUUUACAUGUUUCUAGAUGAAAAUGGGGAUUAAAUACUUUCAAACUUGCUGUUUUGAAUCAACCUUGUACACAUUCUCUCUUGCUUUGUUCAGAUGCUUCCUCGCCUCCUCCUCCCUUAAGCGAGAACGCCAAGGGUUUCCUCACUACCCUGGAGCACAGCAGUGAAGAGGAACUAACCCUGCAACUCCAGGACCGCAUGCAGUUCAGCAAGGGAGCCAUUGCGUGCUUGGUCUGCGUCUUUGACAGGCUGCAUAGUCGCAUUGACGACAUGUGCAAGCAGGUCCAGGCUGCAGGUAACUUGCCUGUUUCUUAGAGAUUCACACAGGAUUUGCCCGUUACUCACAACCAUCAUAACACUAAAGGAAAAUGGAACAUCUGCAGCACAUUUGACAUCUUUCAUUCUGCACCUGUUUCUUAAUGGUUUGGAAAUCAUCAAGUUGUUUGUAGCUAGCUCUGAGGAAAGCAUUGUCUUGCACCAUUAUAAGAUUAACUCUCAUUUUGCUUUACUGCUUUUUUUCACAAUGGCAGCUUGUGAAGACGACAGUCAGUCUGAAAUUAUCAGCGAGAACCAAAAUCUGCUGGAGGAGAACGUUAGACUGCGAGACCUGGCCACUCUUCUGCAGGGUCGACACCACAAGAUGUCGAUGGAGGUAAAUUUAAAAUCUAUGUUUGAUGUUGCCACUAUUUAGUUGUACUCAUGCAAUGGAUGAAAGAGCUGUUGUCGUGUCUUUGACCUUAUUGCAGUACAACGAGUUAGUGGACAAGGUGACCAGCUCUGAGACAAAAGUGUCGGAGAUGGAGACAACGGUGGAGGACUUGCAGUGGGACAUGGAGAAACUCAGUAACAGGGAACAGAAGCUCAACAAACAUCUGGCCGAAGCUAUGGAGCAGGUGUGUUUAUAUGAAAGUAGCACAUCUCUCUAUCGUUUCUGUGUGUUGUCCAAUCUGUUUGAGAGGCAUAGACUCACGCUGUUACUUCUUUCGUAUAGGAGUCAACAACUAAAGACUUGAAGUAUUAAUGCACAUCAACUCAACUGCUAAAUGCUCACCUCUCUUUCAUGCAAUCUUUGAUGCACCAAUUAGGGAUGGGGCCAGUCUGAUCCAGUAUCGGUAUCGGGUUCUGAUACCAACGUAAUUCAUGCAUUGGAAAUUUCCAUUCGAACCUACGAAAAUUUCUGAUCCAUAAGUCAUGUCUUUGCUUUAACUUAGUCUCCUGUAGUGACUGUACAAGUGGCUCUUGCUGGUCAGUCUGCUAGGUGGCUGCAAACUGUGCAAUGGUGUUCCUGAAUGGAGGCGUGUCUCAAUGAGACGUAGAGAUGAGGCACGCCUCCGUUCAGGAAAUCAUACGUACAUAUACUUGCCUGUAGAGAGGAGUUUAUUACAGCCUCAUAAAAUAAACAAUAAUGAUAAUAAUGAUGGUAAAGCUUACAGAGCUUGGAAUAUUAACGGUUUUAGUAGAUAUCCAAAUUCAGGAAUCGAGAUCAGAUAGGAUGUUAAAAAAUGUGGAUCGUGCAUCCCUAGCACCAAUAUUACUGGCAACUGAAAUUAAGACUCAUUGAUUGAAUCUCUCUACAGCUCAAGUCUGGAUACAGCUGCACUGGUAGCUCAGGUGGAUUACCUGGAGGCCAGAUUACCCUGAACAUUCAGAAGGUGAGCAGUCAUGUGUGAUACAUGCACUCAUUUGCAUUUAACAGAUUCUGUAUCUUGGAUGCCAUUUUGCAACAGAAAAUAUGUGUUUUAUAGCAGCUAAUUCUUCCUGUACCCCUCAAUUUUGUUUUCAGUUUGAGAGUCUCAAUGCUGAGUUGGAGCACAACCAAGAACUGGCCAACAGCCGCAUGGCAGAACUGGAGAAACUGCAGGUGGAGCUCCAAGAGGCUGUGAGGGAGAGUGAGAAGCUCAAGGUACAGAGAUGAAUUUCACAUUAGAGGCAGUGCUAGUCUGUUCAUCAAGAGUCCAUGCUUUACCUUAGUGUCAUCAUGUUUCAGUCUGGGACAGUGCACACUUUUUACUGUCGUCCCCUGAUUUUUUAAGAUGGACUUGCGAAAUAUUCCAGAAGAGGUUGUAAAGGAGACUUCAGAGUACAAGUGUUUGCAGUCCCAGUUCUCCUUGCUGUACAACGAGUCUCUUGGGGUGAAAACUCAACUGGAUGAGGCUCGGGCCCUCCUGCUGACCACAAAGAACGCCCACCUACGACAGAUUGAGCACAUGGAGGUAAUAUAGAGAAAGCUGCAUUCAUCAAAAUAAAAUGAAUCAACACGAAUGUUCUUCUUCACAGUUUGAUGGUGUUGCUAUUCGUUGUACUUACUGUUUUCAUAGCAACGCAAAUCUAGUCAUGUAUAUAAUUACCUCUUCUUGGUGACGUAUUCAACUGAGUCCUGUUUUUUAACUCAUCAGAGUGAUGAGCUGUCACUGCAGAAAAAGCUUAGGACUGAGGUCAUCCAGCUGGAGGAUACACUCGCCCAGGUGCGCAAAGAGUACGAGAUGCUUCGAAUUGAGUUUGAGCAGAAUCUGGCAGCUAACGAGCAAGCAGGUACGUUUUAAACUCCCCACACCUAUCCACAUGUCUUUAAAAAGGGCAAGGGGGCAUAUCUUUAAAUGCUUCUUAAGGGUCAUAGAUAUUAAAAAGCCAUAUUUAUCCAGAGUUGAAGAUGGAGUAAUUUUCAGUACUUGCAGAUUUACAAACCCCAAUUCAAGUGAAUUUGGGAUGUUGUGUAAAACGUGAAAAAAAACAGAAUACAAUAUUUGCAAAUCCCAUGGUUGCUACACAGUUGGAAUUUUCGUACUUUUCCAUACUGUCCUUUUUGGAAAUACCUACUUUUUUGAUUUAGAAAAGAGUAAUUUUUAACUGCUGAAUAACACGGUUAUAAAUUACUCUUUUCUAAAUUAAAAAAGUAGGUAUUUGUCGCCUCUGUACUGUUCUAAUAAAUGACCCUGAUGGUCACCCUCAAAAUUGUGACUCAGGUGAGAAAGAAGAUUCAGCAACAAGUGUGCGCUUGUUGCUACACAUUCAUGUUGUCAUUGAGUAACAGUGGAUUAAAGCAGAUUGGGGGGUUACUUUAGUUCCACUCUGAGCAUCUUGAGUGUGUCCGAGUCCUUUCUCUUCAUCUCGUCGCUGCGCUGCCUCUCUCUCUCGCGCUCCCUCUCGCGUUCUCAGGGUUCCUACACAAUUAUGGAAAGUAUGGAAGUAAUUUGAUCAAUUUCCAGGUCUUAAAGUAUGGAAAAUUAAAUAUAAAGUAUGAAAAAUAUUUAUGUUUACAGACUGUAAUACCACAGUUAUAAAUUACUGUUUUCUAAAUUAAAAAAGUAGGUAUUUGUCGCCUCUGUACUGUUCUAAUAAAUUACCCUGAUGGUCACCCUCAAAUUCGUGACAGUCUGUUAACAUAAAUAUUUUUCAUACUUUAUAUUUCAUUUUCCAUACUUUUUAAGACCUGGAAAUUGAUCAAAUUACUUCCAUACUUUCCAUAAUUGUGUAGGAACCCUGAAGUCCUUUUCAACCCGUAUUCAAUCCGAUACACUACAGAAGAAAGAUAUUUUAUGUUCAAACUGAUCAACUUGUUUUUUUUGAACGUGAUGCCUGCAGCACUUUCAAAGAAAGCUGGGACGGGGGCAACAAAAGUCCCAAAAAACUGAGGAAUGACUCAGAAACACCUGAUUGGAACGUUACACAGGUGAACAGGUUCCUUGAAAACAAUUCAUGAUUGGGUAUAAAAGGAGCAUCUCCAAAAGGCUCAGUUGUUUACAAGUGAGGUACUUUGUGAACAACAGUGUGAGCAAAUAGUCCAACUGUGUGAGAGCAUGUCUCUCACCGUACAGCUUUAAGAUUUUAUCAACUACAAAAUAUAAAGCAUCAAAUUCAGGAUAAGUGAAUAUCUGCAAAAAACAACAAUGAAGUAGAUCGGUUUGAAUAUGACGCAUCUUGUCUUUGCGGUGUAUUUCCAUUGCAUCAUCAUUGUAUUCCGUUUUUAUUCACAUUUUACAUAACGCCCAAAUUCAUUAGAAUUGUGGUUUUUAUGUUAUUCUUAUGAACCAUGUACUCAUCAUUGACAGCAUCAGAGGACACUCAGUGACUCAAACCAGAACUACAAGUUGACUCUGCUCGAUACAGGUUUGACUGUCAUGCUUUUUCUCUGCUCUCUCAGGACCAAUCAACAGGGAGAUGCGACACUUGAUCAGCAGUCUGCAGAACCACAACUUACAGCUGAAGGGAGAUGUGCAGCGCUAUAAGAGGAAGUUGCGGGAAACCCAGAUGGAGAUCAACAAGGUAGGUGACGUGAUUUAUGGAGAAAUGGCUGCAGUGUGUCAGGGGUUGUGAUGAUGCACUUCUGCUCAAUUUCACUUUGUUAAUCAGUAAAAUAUCGAAGUUCUAAACAACUUUCUUUGUUGUUGUUGUUUAUCGAAAGUUGCGUUGUCAGAGCAGCGACGCCGGGGUUCUGAUAAUAGAGGAGACAACAAGCGACAGCAUGGAUGUGAAGAAAGAGGAUGACGAGGACCAAGAAGAGGAGGAGGAGAGGAGGAAGGAACUGGAGAGGCAGAGGGCCCGGGAGAGAGAGAGGGAGAGGGAGGCUGAGCGAGAACGCGAGAGGGAGCGCGAGAGAGAGAGGCAGCGCAGCGACGAGAUGAAGAGAAAGGACUCGGACACACUCAAGAUGCUCAGAGUGGAACUAAAGUAACCCCCCAAUCUGCUUUAACCCACUGUUAAUGACAACAUGAAUGUGUAGCAACAAGCGCACACUUGUUGCUGAAUCUUCUUUCUCACCUGAGUUACAAUUUUGAGGGUGACCAUCAGGGUCAUGAACCUGAACAAAAAACUAAAGGCCAGAGACCACAAAAAGAGCCAAAAAAGAUCAAACUGGAACCAAGAUUACAUACAUACUCCCCUCAAAAAUGCGGUCACAUGCUGCCACAUGUAGAGGCUCAAAUCUCCAUUGCAAUAAUUUGUUGUUAAAGAUGACAAACUGUAAUUAAAGGGCCUUACAUCCUCCUCAUUUCUGCCCACACAUGAGACUUACAGUUUGUAAUUAGCGUAUUUACUCUUACCAGCGGUAAUUUUCUCAACCAUGUAUUAGUACUCAAGUAAAUAAGCUGAUCAAAAUGCUUAUCUUACUGUAACUGUAACCUCUUGUCUACUUCCUCCCCUCAGGAAAGCCCAGGAGUCCCAGAAAGAGAUGAAGCUCUUGUUGGACAUGUACAAGUCGGCCCCAAAAGAGCAGAGGGACAAAGUGCAGCUCAUGGCAGCCGAACGAAAGGCCAAAGCUGAGGUCUUUUCAUUAGUUUGUCACCUUUGCUUCAUCCGUUUUUAUUUUGCAUGCCCCAAAAAGUCUUUAAUAGCACAUUAAAUAUAGAGCCGACAGUGCUAAAGCCUCACUGUUUGAACUUCAACUGUCCAGGUGGAUGAGCUGAGGAUGCGGGUGCGAGAGCUGGAAGAGAGGGAGAGGAAAGAAAGCAAGAAGCUGGCUGAUGAAGACGCCCUCAGAAAGAUCCGGGUCGCUGAGGAGACCAUCGAGCAUCUGCAGAAAAAGCUUGCUGCUACGAAGCAGGUAUGGGUGUAUUUCUUUACUAGGGGUGGGAGAAAAAAAAUCAAUACAGCCUAGUAUGGCAAUAUUUUGUCUGGUGAUAUAUCAUCUUGUCUCAUUUACCAAGUAUUGAUUUUUUUUAACUAAUUGCUAAUAUGAAGUCAAAUGUAUGAUAAUGGAAAAAUUAAAUCCACUGUUUGUCCAGUGACGUAUUUUUUAAAUCAGUUGAAAAAAUCGUAUCAUGGCCCAAGUAUUGUGAUGAUAUCGUAUCAUGUGGCCACGGCGAUUCCCACCCCUAUUCUCUACCACAUAGAUCAGGAGGAGCGGUGGCUCGGGCAAUAGGCAAAACAUUUCUACUAUUCAGGUUUUUGUCUGGUACACUUACAUUAUAACAGGAAAAAGUCCCAGCAGUUUAGGCUGAUCAUCAGACUUUUUACAUGUAUCCUGUAACUGUGUAAAAUAUCAAAAAUAAAAUAUAAAAAAUCAACCAUAAUCCUCCCAGACUUUGGAGCUGUGAAAAAUGUCAAAUAACCCUGCUGAGAAAUGAUCUGGUGAAAUUAUGUGGGACUGCACCACAUUUAAAUGUGAGCCAGACACAUGUAGUGAUAAUGAAAGUUAUACAAUGACUCUUACAUUUGCCUGAAACAGAAGUUCUCCUAAUUUUAGAAGAAAAGAGGAAUUGAAACAAAGGUUGUGGCCCUUCAUUUGAAUGGAAUCAGCUGGUGAACUUCAUGUCAAAGUCUUCCCUUUUCUUUUUGUUUAUUUGUUUUAUGUGCAUGCUUUUGUUUAGCGUCAGAUCAGACUUCUUGGAAUCUGAAUACUUGGCAGAAUUUGUGAUUAAGUGAGCAGAAAAGAAAGCGGUUUACCCAGCAGUUUUAUUUCUCUCACAAACAUCUGCCAGUUUCAUUUUCGUCAACUUGUAAAAAAACAAUCAGAUAAGAUAACAGUCUAUUUUUGACAACUUCUUUUUUUUCUUUUUCACUGUGUAGCUCUUUAGUAAUGUAUUUAACACCUCACUGAUCUCUGUACUGAUUAUUUUUUUUAAUUCUUUGAGAAAUUGUUUAAGCUCUGCUUGAAAAAAAUGCUGACAUUUCAAAGAUGCCUUAACACAAAGAUGAUAAAAAACAUCUUUUGGGUGUGGCAGGUCUUUCUGGGUGAACCACCCCUGAUAAAAUUCGAGUAUGUAAAACACAUGUCAGGUCUGAGCUCACUUGCUUCGAAGAACGUCCUGACUCUUCUGGUGAAUUUCAUUGGAGAGUCAGAAAACUAGGCAGACGUCACUGGAUGGAAAAAAAAAAAAGAAACUUUUACAGCUUGGGUCAAAUUUUGGUCAAGUUAAAGCUUGAGCUGUGCGCUUAGUGGAUACACCCACAUUAGAUAAUGUAAUUCUGUCACACUAGUAUUCAUCCUGCCAUCAUUCUCAUGAGGGAUCAUCAGUGUUAUCAGCUUAUCAGAUAAUGUAACUCACAUGAUUCUCAUCCUUGUUGACCAAAGACUCGUUGAUUCUUAUAGUGUACCUGUGAACUCCCCACAGCCCUGUUAACACUGGGCAUUAACACCCAGCCUGGGAGAUCUUUAAAUGUACGUCAUGUCACACCUGGCAUUGGAGUGCGUCUCAAGUGACCACCUUUAACGGGACCACCUUAAAGCUGCAGGCGGCCUUACAUUAGUUCUCCGACUGUAAUUAAAUACAGGAAAUGACACUGAAAUGUUCAAGUGUUACGACUGAAGUUUUAACUGUUGUUCCACACGAGUUUAUGAGCACGCAGGAGACAGACGUUGAGAUCAGAGAGCCUGCAGCUCCUCCUGCCUGGGAGGUCUACAGGACUCAAUCAUGAGACCCAGCUAGUCAAGCCCAACAUAGUCCAGACUGUGGCUGAUUCACCAUCUACAUUUAAUCUUUUCCUUAUGUAUCAAGUUUAAGUUUAGUAACAACUUAACUGUUUUGGAUUUAGAGGAGCGGAAUAUGUUCUCCUUGGUCCACAACUCCCACAAUUUAUCUAAAUUAUCUCUGUGAUAGAAUGUGUCCAAUAAAGCUAAGCUUGUAAGUUCAUUCAACUUUUAUUUAUUGUGACAGGCCUGAGUUGGCUUUUAACCCACUGAGCAUUUUUUGGUCUAAAAGAGGUCUGAUAGACGUCUAAAUGUAGACUGGUCUAAAAUCAGUUUUUUUAUACGUCUAAAUUAAGACCAAGUUUAGACCAUAUCUAAAUCUGGGCUAUAUCUUUACUACACUGUAUAUUGCUCAAUGGCUAUCAUAAUUAUUUUGGUUACGUUCUUGGAGAUCAGUUAUGCAACUCACAAUUGUUUCUUGAAAUAAAUAGUUAUUGAAUAAAGGGUUAAAGUGCAACAUCUAAAUUCUGUCUAAAAAAAUCUAGGUGAUCAAAAUUAGGUCAAAAUUAGGUUAAAAAAUCUAGACAUCUAAUAGCUGUCUAUUGCUCAGUGGGAAGUUAACUGAGAAGGCUGAGAAGAUGCUUUUGGAUAAAGGGACAUUACCUGAUGGUGCAAAGAUAAAGUUUUCUUUCAUUUAGUCACUGACUUGUGGUUUUGUGUGGAUUGAGAAGUAAAGGAGUUAGGAUGAUGUGAUGCUGAGAAUGACUAUUUGGAUCAACACAAAGAAAAAAAACUGAGAUGGUAAACAUUGCAACACAUGGACAUGUUUAAUAAUGUCCUGGGUUUUUUAUUCAAAAUGUUGACUUUCAAAGAAACAUAACUGAUGACUUGUAACUUUCCCCAAAAAUGGACUUAAUGAAACUAAAGCUGUCUAUGUUUGGCCCCAUUAGAAAAGCCUAACAUAGGGUAGACAUCAUGACCUCGAAUUCACAACAGUGUUUUUUUUUCUUUUUCCAAUGGUGGUAUUGUAUUGCAGGAUUAAAAGAUAGAAUUGUGCACUUGCUGUGACCUUUCCCCCUCAUACAAGUCUGCAAUGAUAUCCUUAUAUCUCUCUGACUCUUGGAAACUGUUUGACGGUUUUAGACAGUCUUUUCAUUUCUCAGGACUUUGUAGAAACCGAUCGGUGUGAAUUUUGAUUUCUCUGCUUUCUUCCAGUUUGUAAUUUCAGACACAUCUAAUUUACCUGCUUGAAUUGUACCAAGAUACUGCCGCUAAAAACAUGCCAUUUAUUUGACAUGACUGUUUCAGAAUACAGGCAUUUCCGCUGCACAACAACCGGAGUCUUUAAUUGUGGAGAAUUUGGAAGAAACAACGGGUGUUUGAUGAAAUUAAAAUGAACUAAGCUUUGGCAGAGUUACAGUUAGCGCCUGGAUGAACAAAUUGCUCAUUUGUCCAGUUAUAAUGAAUACAUGUGACUCAAAUCUCUGCAUGGCUGUUACUUACCAGCAUCAGAUUUAACAGAAAAGGCGUAGAGGUUUACUUGAGUGCUGUGUUAUUGUUCAUUUUGAUUGUAAACACUGCUAGAUCCUUUGACAUGAGGAGGAGGUGGUGUCCUUUGGUCAGUGAGUGUGGUUUUGCUCUGAAGUAUCAGAGUGGGGUUGACACAAGCAAAGGACUCAGGUUCAGUAUACAUUGUGGCUACAGAUCAAGUGUUACACUUAAGUAGCCAUGUGUGUGUUUGGGGAAGUAAAUUUCUGUUAUUUAUGUGCAUAAAACUCGGUUCUGAAACUGGUACACCACCCGCCCAUGCUUUAUCUUUGCCUCUGGGCAACUUCUCAUUGUUUUUGAUCCCUUCCUCUCGUGUCUUUCGAGGAGGAGGAGGCUUUGCUGAGCGAGAUGGACGUGACCGGCCAGGCCUUCGAGGACAUGCAAGAGCAGAACAGCCGCCUGCUGCAGCAGCUCCGCGAGAAGGACGACGCCAACUUCAAGCUGAUGAGUGAGCGGAUCAAAUCCAACCAGAUCUACAAGCUGCUGAAGGAAGAGAAGGAGGAGUUGGCAGAACAAGUUCUCACAUUUAAAACACAGGUGGCUUGUCAUUUCUCAUAAACCCCCCAAAAAUCUAACACUGAUACUUCAAAUUUUUAACUUGGAGCGCUGCCUCAUUUCAGGUCGAUGCCCAGCUGCUGGUUGUGCAAAAACUUGAGGAGAAAGAGGGUGUUCUUCAGAGCACGCUCGCUGCUCUGGAAAAGGAGCUGGCCGUCCGCACACAAGCACUAGAACUGAACAAGAGAAAGGUGAGAGCAGGGAUGUCGUCAGUCAUCUUGUCAGCUCUUGCAAUUAAGAUCUUCUAAUGGCAGCAUGGUUUGAUUGCUGCCAGAUGUUCCUAUGUGUAAACACUGAACAGCAUUAAUCAAGGGGUCCUGAUAAUACCAUGUGUACACAUAAUCGUUUGGGUGUGUUCGGCCGCUUGUAAAAAGUUAUUAAAUCAAACAUUUGUGGGGUUGCUUCCAGAAAACAUUGCAUUUAUGAGGUGAAAUGUUUGCAAAUUAGACCCACAGUCUGCCCCGAUUCCCUUACUUGUGAUUUUGCCAGUAGUUGAGAUUCUUCUCAGGGAGCAUGUUGCUGGUGAUUGCCUGGGUUGUUGUCCAAAAUCUGUUAGACGAUGCAAAUAUUAGUGAGGGUUGGUAUUGUUUGAGAGAUUGUCUCAUUGAUUCUGGGUGUAUUUUUUUCACAUAGAAGAACCAUAAGAAUAGAAUUAAAAGCUAACAAAAACCACACAAAAAGGACUUCAUGCUCUAAGUGAAAACAGAGGUAGUCUGGAAGCAGUGAAGAUGAUCUAAAAGCAUAUGGUAUCCUGUGGAAAAUGGUCGUCAGUGCUGGAAAAAAUAUACACAAUCAGCAUUAACAAGAUAAAACAUCUCAAACCACCAAUGUUGUUUGAACUGGUCUAACCCUUCAGUCUCUAAAGCGCAGAGACCAAACUCAGAAUGCCAAGUUCUGUCUAAGCUCAGUGUACCACCGCCACCACUCUGCAGCCCAGGAAUCUCAUCAUUAGGUAAUUUUUUUUUAUUAAGUGUAUCCGGUUCCUUCCCUCCUGCAGGCGGUGGAAGCCGCCCAGCUGGCAGAGGACCUGAAGGUGCAGCUGGAGCACACACAGGCCAAGCUCAAGGAGAUCCAGGUUUCUGUGGCUGAGAACCGCACUGCCCGAGAGAGGGAGAGCAGCAACCUGAAACGAGCACAGGUAUGUUGCACUUCAGUCAGUGCGUUUACAUGCACAGCUUAAUCGGAUUAAGCUCGUAAUUCGUUUUCUUUGCCAACUCGGACUUCUCUCCUUUUCCGCGUGUACAUGAAGCUGAUAAAUCGAAUUAUUGACGUGAACGUGUCCUCCUCCCCAAAACUAGGGGGCAAUAUGGGUCUUUUCAGCGUCGCUGUUUACGGACCUUUUUUAAAGAUGUCUCCGUUCCUUGUUUUGCGACCUUCUGUAUACUUUUAAAUUAACAUGCAUUGUCCGAUCAUACUCCGACUUAGGCAUGUGGCGAUAUGAAAAAUUUGAUAUCACGAUAUUGGUGGCCCAAAUAUCACGAUUCAUAAUAUUAUCACGAUAUUAGCGCAUUGUUUUUAAAAAUGGCAAAAAACUGGGAAAUAGCUUCUCUGUGCACAGCAUUACACAUAAACGAAUAAGAGCAAAAAGCAGCUAACUCGACGUUGGGAGCAUUAGCUUUUUGGAGCUAAAGUUAGCAGAAACGUCACUAACGUUGUCAAUAAUAAGCAGUAGAGUAGAACAAACUUGUUGCGGUCAUGUUGAUUUUACCUUGGUUUCGGCGAACAAUUCUGGAUGGUGUUCACAGGGUAGGGCACGUAGGUUUGAAGUGUUAGACAACGGUGCUGCAACUUCCUUACGGCAUGACCUGCAGAUUGGUGUCAGGUGUACCUGCUCCGUCUGUUUUGUGAAGCCGUAAAACGUCCAUACUGCCGACGAAACCUUUUUAAUAGGAGGAUAUAGCCGAGGCGUUUCGUCAUUCUCAGCCUCCGACUGUUCUUGGUCCUGUGUUAUGCCAUAAAUUGCACCCCUGACAGGAGUGCGGUUGAAAGUACAUAACAAGGUGAAAAUAAUCCAAGUUUUCCUUACCGUUGGGUGGAUUCAAAAGCGUGUGCCUUUAAUGAUUUAAUUCAGAUAAGCCGAAAACAAUAGCCCUCUGAUUCGGAAUAUUUGCUGUCCCGCAAAUAUAAUGCUCUGUACCUUGACAGCUUACUGUACAGUUUAUGUACCCAAGUACACUUCUAAAUGUGCAUUUUUGGGAGACCAAAAAACUGCUCCAUUUGACAUGUUGUCAUGAUCCAAUACUCGUGUUUUUCAAAUAUCAGGUCAUAUCUCCUCCACUUAAAGAAGCUAAUGAGUGGAUGGGAUGCAUUGUGGACACGCUCCAACAGUGCUUUGGGUGGCCACAAUGCAUUGUGGGUGGCCAAACAUUUUGUUGUAAAAUCUCUUCAUUUUCUCUUUUAAUGUUCCUGUUUUUGUUAGGCUGGCAUUAAUGUACUUAAUUUGAGAGUUUUUUGGAUUUGGGACUACUUUUGUGGUGGUUUGUUUGUACAUUUUUGUACCAACACCGUGGGUAAGACUACAAGUUGGUACAGUGGUUCUCAAUUCAGUCCUCAAGCCUCCACUGUCCUGCAUGUUUUGGAUGUUUCUCUGCUCCAACACACCUGAUUCAAAUGAACAGCUCGUUAUUAAGCCAUUACAGAGCUUGAUAACGAGCUGAUCAUCUGAAUCAGAUGUGUUGGAGCAGAGAACAUCCAAAACAUGCUGGACAGGGGGGGCUCGAGGACUGGAUUGAGAACCACUGGGUUAGUAAGUACUUGGCUUCACUUGACGCUGCCACUCGUCUUUAAAUCAUAAUUGUCGAAUGAUUAUUUCAGUACCUUACGAUUUCAUCAUCGCAGCCGUUUAAUAUUGCAUAUCGCGAUUAAAUCGUAUAUCGGCACAUCCCUACUCCGACUACACUGGUUACAUGGUAGAGAAAAUCGAAUCCCAAUCGCAUUAUCUGGGUGUCUUAAUCAGAGUUCCCUGAUUCCAAUCGGAGUUUGAGAACUUCGUUUUUUGUCGCACUAAGGUGUUUACAUGCACUUUGGUUAGGCAAUAAUUUGGUGUCGUGUAACUGUACUGACUGUUUAGACUUACCACCCCUGAAGCCACACAAAUUACAUCUGAGCUUCUUACAGGAAAAUCAAAUCGGAACACAUCGUAAAAUCUCUCUGAUACCUUGUAGGAGGAUCUGUCCAGGCUGAGACGGAAACUGGAGAAGCAGAAGAAGGUGGAGGUGUACUCUGAUGCUGAUGAGAUCCUGCAGGAGGAGAUCAACCAGUACAAGGUGAGAGAAAAAGAAGACCUCGUUUUGUGCCAUGAAAUUUAUGACUUUAAUCAGCCUCUGUUUCUGGCGAGCGAUUUCAUAGACGCUAACAGCUUCAAGGCACAACUUGCAGGAGACUUUUGUUGUUGACAGAUCUAAAACAGUGUAGUAAAAGAGUUAUACGUCAUAAUGCAAAAUACUACACUUUGUAAUUUGCCUAAUUGGCUGGCAAUGGCAGCUAGUCAUUCAUGAACGAGAGCCAGAAAAUGAGCUCAAAGCUCACCAGAGUUAUUACAGUCUCUCUGUGCUUUGGGGAUAACAAGAAUCUAAUGCGUUACACCCUCAAGUGUUAGCAGUGGUGGUGUACAACGGAUGAAGGUAAUGACGGUGUUGGCAAUGAAGCGUUAAGGCCCCUAUAAGCACAUAUUUAUUUAUGUGUCUCCAGGCCAAGCUGCGCUGCCCCUGCUGCAACACACGAGACAAGGAGACGGUGCUCACCAAGUGUUUCCACGUGUUCUGCUACGAGUGCCUGAAAAUGCGUUACGACACCCGGCAGAGGAAGUGCCCCAAAUGCAACUGUGCCUUUGGAGCCAACGACUUCCACCGCAUCUACAUCACCUAAUCCUCGGAGAGACGGGAGAGUGGAAGGAGAAGAAAGCAGACAGAGCCAAAGGAGGUAGAAGAUUUGAAAAAAGGACAGGGACUGGAGAUCGAGUUAAAGACACUGUGGGGAUGUCAAACGAGUGAUUCCCUGUUUUAAUCUCUCUUUGAAAGACUUAAUCUCCCUGCGUUAUCAUUGCCACGCGGUGAUUAAUCUGGUGACCAAACAGAUAGCAUUGUACUGUAGUUAAUAAACAGUUGUUUGUGAACAUGGUGACAUUACUACAUGUGAGCUGCUCUGCACUGUUUUACCUGUCCUCAUCAUUUUUUGUAAUGCUGAACAUCCUCUCUCUCUCUUUCUCUCUCCCUCUCUCUCUUUCUUUCUCUUUGUUUUGUUUUACAAACUUGGCCCCUUUUUAAACAUGUCUUUAGUUUUUGUUUAAUGCAUCCAAAAAACUUGGAACUGCAGUGGUUUAUCCCCCUGAAGUGUUUCUUUGAGUUGUUUUGUCCUGCUGCUUUUGAAAACCCUGUAAAAAUAAGUGAAGCUGAAACUUAAAACUUCGUAAUUAAAAGAAGCUAUCCUCUUCAGACUGGAGGAUUGCAUGUGAAAAACUCAA